AUGGAAUCUUCUAUGGUUCAAAAGGAUCUUGUCAAUGUUGUUGCCAAAGAAACAACUAAAGCUAUCAUUAACAAACUUAAUAAUGAUGUCUUUGCUAUUUUAGUUGACAAGUCUCAUGAUAUAUCUAAGCAAAAACAAAUGGCAAUGGUUUUCUGUUUUGUUGAUAAAGGAAAGAUUAAAGAACGAUUUAUUGGUAUCACUCAUGUAAGAGAUACUUGUUCUUCCACUCUUAAAGAGAGUAUUGAUUUUCUUCUUUUUGAGCACGGGUUGAGUAUCUCAAGACUUAGGGGUCCUGGGUAUGAUGGAGCAAGUAAUAUGCAAGAUGAGUUUAAUGGUCUUAAAACCUUGAUCAUGAGAGAAAAUAGCUUGGCCUACUAUGUUCAUUAUUUUGCUCAUCAACUUCAACUAGCCCUUGUUGCCGUUGCUAAAAAUCACAAUGAAAUUGCUUGUUUCUUUAAUUGGAUGGCUAUGAUCAUUAAUAUUGUUGGAGGAUCUAGUAAGCGUCAAGACAUGUUGAAUGUUUAUCAAGCUGAAAAGGUUUUAGAGGGGUUGAAAAUGAGUGUGAUUAAUAGUGGUAAGGGUUUAAACUAA